GAUGCUGACSCUGUCCAGGCUCCAGCCGCUGCUCCGCUCCCUCCUGCCCAGCCUCGCCAUGAGCACCACAGGCACCUUCGUCUUCCAGCAGCCCCUCAACUACCGCGACGGCGCCCGCGUCCAGCCCCUCGACGGCGGGCACAGCGAGGACGUCUACGAGCCGGCCACAGGUCGAGUGAUAAGCAAGCUUCUCUGCUCGGGGGAGAAGGAGGUGGACCUGGCCGUGCAGAGCGCAAAGGCUGCCUUCAAAGUAUGGAGUCAGCUGUCGGGCAUGGAGCGGAGCAGGGUGCUGCUGGAGGCUGCCAGGAUUAUCCGGGAGCAGAGAGAUGAAAUUGCCACCUUGGAAACCAUCAACAAUGGGAAAUCCAUCUUCGAAGCCAGAGUGGACAUUGACAUAUCUUGGCAGUGCCUGGAGUAUUAUGCAGGACUGGCAGGAUCUCUAGCUGGUGAACACAUCCAGCUUCCUGGGGGAUCCUUUGGAUACACAAGAAGAGAGCCACUUGGCGUUUGUGUUGGGAUUGGAGCCUGGAAUUACCCUUUUCAGAUUGCCUGCUGGAAAUCUGCCCCAGCCUUGGCUUGUGGCAACGCUAUGGUCUUCAAGCCCUCUCCCUUCACCCCCAUUUCGGUGGUGAGGCUGGCAGAGAUCUUCACGGAGGCUGGUGUGCCCAAAGGGCUCUUCAACGUUGUGCAGGGUGGAGUGGCCACUGGCCAGUUCCUCUGUCACCACCCAGAUGUGGCUAAAAUCUCUUUCACCGGUAGCGUGCCAACUGGUGUCAAGAUCAUGGAGAUGGCAGCCAAAGGGAUCAAACCAGUCACCCUGGAGCUGGGAGGCAAAUCCCCCCUCAUCAUCUUCUCGGACAGUGUCUUGGAGAAUGCAGUGAAUGGAGCCCUCAUGGCCAACUUUCUCACACAGGGCGAGGUGUGCUGCAACGGCACGCGGGUGUUUGUGCAGAGAGAAAUACUGGAUGCCUUCACAAAAGAGGUGGUGAAACGCACACAGAAAAUCAAAGUUGGAGACCCGCUUCUGGAAGACACACGGAUGGGAGCCCUCAUCAACCGGCCACACCUGGACCGCGUGCAGGGCUUCAUCAAGCAGGCAAAGGAGCAGGGGGCAAAGGUGCUGUGUGGUGGCGACCUGUAUGUUCCAGAUGACCCRAAGCUGAAGAAUGGCUACUACAUGCGACCCUGUGUGCUGGGGAACUGCACGGAUGACAUGACGUGUGUGAAGGAAGAGAUCUUCGGACCUGUCAUGUCCAUCCUGCCAUUUGACACGGAGGAGGAAGUUGUGGAGAGAGCCAACAACACUAAAUUUGGCCUGGCAGGUGGUGUCUUCACCAGGGAUAUCCAGAAGGCUCACAGGGUAGUGGCUGCUCUCAAGGCUGGAAUGUGCUUCAUUAACAACUACAACAUCAGCCCUGUGGAACUGCCUUUUGGAGGAUACAAAUCAUCAGGAUUUGGCAGGGAAAAUGGACGGGCAGCCAUUGAGUACUACUCACAGCUGAAGACCGUCUGUGUGGAGAUGGGUGAUGUGGAGUCUGUGUUUUAGUGGCUCUGAGGCUGUUCAAGGGAGCAGCAGUCAGCCCUUGCCUGUCACCCGGAGGUGUGGAUCAUUUGCACAGCAAUAAAGUGCUCUAAAAUUGUAAGUGCCUUGGAGGAAAGGAGUUGCAGGGUUGGAGCAGCUUUUUGCCACCCUGAUCCUGCAAGGGGAAUGUACGUGGUGGGCUAGGCCUGUGGUUCUGCUCUGCCYUCUUUGGAGGUAGAAACCUCAAACUCAAGGAGACAAUUAUGAGGUUUYCAUCAGUAGCAUGUGCUGCUAGUGAAUAACUAUCGUGGGCUUCUCAGGGGCAGAGACACAGCCCUGGCUGCYCCCCGGCUGUGUGUUGUAACCUUACCCCCACUCCAUUGCAUUGUCCUCCACCCUUAGUCAACUUUAUUUUUGCCAACUUAACAGGUAUCAUCYUAUCAAUGCAUAUGUAAACUUUCGGACACCUCGAUAUCCCAUGGAUGWAACCCCUGUCUCUUCCCUGAUGAAAAAUGUCUCAAGUGUGGGACAUUUUUUUCUUUUUUCUUUUUUUCCUUUUUCCUCUUAGCCCACAGUGAUCAGAAUUUUUUUCCCUUCUCCCUGUGUCUCACCUCCAAGGUGUGCCAGGAUAUUGUGGGAAUAAUGAGCUGAUGCUUUCUGGGACAGCUGUGGCCACACAGUCUGUCUCYCCACACAUGGUAAAAACAGCACAAGGGGAGUGGUAGCAGGCUCUAACAUGGGUGAUAGGUCACUGAUGGUCUUAAGUAACAGCUGUUUGACUCUGUAAAAGCCCUUUUUUUUCUU